AUGAUCUCCAUGUUGUGUCUCAUGCUGUUUGUUCCACGUGUGUUCUCCUCAUCGACACAGGUGGCUGUAAUCUUCCCCCAAGACCCAGCAUUGUGGAUGGGCUCCAGCCUGACGGCCACGUGCACAGUGAGCCCCGAGCGGGGGCUGCAUGCCAACACUAUGUACUGGACCCUUAACGGGAAGAGACUCCCAAGUAGCACCUACGGCCUGCUGAGCACCAACGGCCUCAGUGUCACCCUCCACCGCCUCAACGGCUCCCAGCAGCAGUCUGGGGACAACCUGGUGUGUCACAGCAGAGACGGACAUGUCCUGGCUGGCUCCUGUCUGUACGUGGGCAUGCCCCCGGAGAAGCCGGUCAACCUAACCUGCUGGUCCCGAAAUACAAAGGACCUGAGCUGCAAGUGGACCCCCGGUGGUCGGGGUGAAACCUUCAUCAAAACCAAAUACACCCUCAAGUACAAAUUGAGGUGGUACGGGCGAGAGAGAGAAUGUGAGGACUACAGCACGGGGCAACGCUACACGUGUUACAUCCCCCGGGACUUGGCCCUCUUUACUCCCUACGAGAUCUGGGUGGAGGCGUCCAAUCAGCUGGGGACUGCCACCUCUGAUGUCAUCACUCUGGAUAUUCUGGAUGUGGUGACUACAGACCCUCCAGACAACGUCCAUGUGAGUCGUGUGGGGGAGCUUGAGGACCAGCUGACAGUGCGUUGGGGCAGCCCCCCGGCACUUAAAGACUUCCUCUUCCAGGCCAAAUACCAGAUACGCUACCGACUGGAAGACAGCGCUGAAUGGAAGUUGGUGGAUGAUGUAGGUAACCAGACAUCGUGCCGGCUAGCAGGGCUAAGGGAAGGGACAGUAUACUUUGUCCAGGUGAGGUGUAACCCAGUGGGGAUAUACGGCUCCAGGAAGGCUGGGAUCUGGAGUGACUGGAGCCACCCUACAGCUGCCUCCACGCCCCACAGUGAGCCGCUGCAGAGUGGGUCAUGUGAUCCCAAGUCGGGCGAGCAGAACUCCACCCUGCGACGGGAGCUCAAGCAGUUCUUUGGCUGGGUCCGCAAACACGCAUGCGGCUGCAGCGGCAUGUCAAUCAAACUCUACGACCAGUGGCGGGUGUGGCUGCAGAAAUCGCAUAAAACGCGCAACCAUGUAGGUAAGAAUAAUAUCCCCUUUAUUUCUGUUCCAGCUCAGCAUAGGCUUCACAGUUAUGCACCAUGA